CUCUACUGGCUCUGCCCUACAAUGCUCACUUGUUUUCACAGUGCAACGGAAUGAAAUGCCUUAGAAAAGAGUAACAUUUUACGGAAAUAAGUGUGAUUUAUUUUUCCUCCUAACUGGACUUGUCUUCGGGGGAGUCCUUUGGAAAGCACAACAUCGAAGAGACAUUCUCUGCACUUAAAACAGAGGAAGCAUCAUGCUGAAGAGGGAGGGGAAAGCCCUGUCUUACACUAAAACCUUGGAUGGAGGAUGGGGAUGGAUGAUUGUGUUUCAUUUUUUCUUGGUAAAUGUGUUUGUAAUGGGAAUGACCAAGACUUUUGCAAUUUUCUUUGUGGUCUUCCAAGAACAGUUUGAAGGCACCGCUGAGCAAACUGGUUGGAUUGGAUCCAUCAUGUCAUCACUUCGUUUUUCUGCAGGUCCCCUGGCUGCAAUCAUUUGUGAAAUACUUGGAGAGAAAACUACCUCCAUUCUGGGAACUUUCCUUAUUACUGGUGGCUAUCUCAUCAGUAGUUGGGCCACAAGCUUUCCCUUUCUUUGUGUGACUAUGGGACUUUUACCUGGUUUGGGUUCUGCUUUCUUGUACCAAGUAGCUGCUGUGGUAAUUACCAAAUACUUCAAAAAACGAUUGGCUCUUUCUACAGCUAUUGCCCGUUCCGGAAUGGGACUGACAUUUCUAUUGGCACCUUUUACAAAAUUCCUGAUCGAUCUUUAUGACUGGACAGGUGCCCUUAUAUUAUUUGGAGCAAUCGCAUUGAAUUUGGUGCCUUCAAGUAUGCUCUUAAGACCUAUUCAUGUCAAAAGAGAGAACAAUUCUGAUAUUAAAAAUACAGGUAGCAGUUUGUCUGAAAGUGGUCCAGAGAUACUGUGUGGGACAGAAACAUCAUGCUUCAAUGAGGAAGAGUUUUCCAUCAAGAAUAGUACUAUGCAGAAAGCUGGACAACCUGAUAAAAUUUUAAUAGUUUCACAAAAUCGAAGUGAAGAGUUCAAUAAUGGGCCUAACAGGAACCAACUGUUAUUAACCAAUAAUGAAGAAAGUCAUAAGAAAAAGGCUAUUUCAUGGAAUUGCAAACAACUAUUUGAUAUUUCUGUCUUCAGCAAUCCUUUCUUCUAUAUAUUUACCUGGUCUUUUCUCCUCAGUCAGUUAGCAUAUUUCAUCCCUACCUUUCAUCUGGUAGCCAGAGCCAAAACACUAGGGAUUGACAUCAUGGAUGCCUCCUACCUUGUUUCUGUAGCUGGUAUCAUUGAAACAAUCAGUCAGCUUAUUUCUGGAUGGGUUGCAGAUCAAAACUGGAUCAAGAAGUACCAAUACCACAAAUCUUACCUCAUCCUCUGUGGUAUCACUAACCUGCUUGCUCCUUUAGCCACCACAUUUCCACUACUUAUGACCUACACCAUCUUCUUUGCCAUCUUUGCUGGCGGUUAUCUGGCACUGAUACUUCCUGUACUGGUUGAUCUGUGUAAGAAUUCUAGAGUGCACAGUUUUUUGGGACUUGCUGGUUUCUUUGCUGGGAUCGCUGUCCUUUCUGGACCACCUAUAGCAGUACUGGGGCUCCAACCCAGGAACUUAAGCAUACCAGGCGAGCACUCUGCCCAGGAAUACAUCUUCAGCCCAGAAAUCUGAAACGUUUUGAACACGAAGACUGAAAAUUUUCAGAUUCUCAAGUAUUUCAGAUUUCAGAAAAAGGACACUCAACCUGGAAUUCCUUUCUAUCUCAGUCCUGUUAGUAACCUAGUCAUAAAGUAGUAAAGGUUAUGACCCAUUAAUGCAACCAACUUUUAUGUGUGCAUAAACACGAACUUGCUCAACUCCAGAACUGCUUUCAAUUUUUAGAUUACAGUCAUAUGAUUUUUAGAUUAAUGUCUAAAAUUUCAAGGAUACCUUACUCAGUUCUUGGUUGUGUAUCCCUUAGCCAAGUCAUAAAACUUUUCUGGCAUACCUUAUAGCAUUUCAUAAAGUAAAUCAUGGGCCCUUUGCAGAUUGUUAUUAGGCAAAAUUAAAUACUAAGCAAGACUAUCUUGAAGAGAUAAUUACAUAAUUGUAAAAUGGUUACUUAAUUGACAAUUUUAAGUGAUAAUCUGAUGGCAUUUGCAGUUUUGUUCUCUCCAUCUGCUCCAACAGAUUUGAGUUUACCUUCUGGAAGUUCCUCCUCUCAGCUUCUGAGACAGAAUACUAUUCUCGCUGUCCUACCUAGGUUUCUUUUCCAGCACCAUCAUCUCUUCAUAAAUUCAACAUUAUCCUAGCUUUACUCCUUAAGCAGUCUUUAUGCACCAGUGUUAUUCAACAUGCAGCCCACUGACCACAGAAUGUAUUAGAAUUACCUAGAAAGCUUAUGAAAGAAUAAAGAUUCCUGGACCAUUCUGGUCCUAACAUUCUAAAAUGUCCACAGUGGAGAGAAAAGCCUGUUUUCCCAAGGUUGAUUUGUUUGUUUGCUUUUGUGGUACUGAGGCACUGAACCACUGAACUACUUUUCUACCCUUUUGAUUUUUGAUUUUGAGGCAGGAUCACACUAAGUUGCACAAGUUGGCCUUGAAUUUGUGACCCUCUUGCCUCAACCUCCUGAAUGGCUAGGAGUAUAGGCAUGAGCCACUGACUUGCUUCCCAAAUAUUGCAAAUGUUAACAUACUAUAGGUUGAAAUCCACUGCCCAUUUUCUCUAGUUGACACAUUUAGCCAUUCCCUAGUCUCCAGAAAACAAGUAGUGAGACAUAAUAAAGCCUAGUGACCAAAAGAGCCCUAGCUGAGACAAAAUCCUGAUUAGAACUCCAGUCCUAUCACUCACUCUCAGAUUCUGGUAUGUGGUGAGAGUUAAAUGAGACAAGUACAUACAAUACUUGGCAGAAUG